AUGAAUCAAUUAAAUCAGACAGCUGAUGCUGAAAAAUACGGAUAUAUUUCACAACAGCCAAGGAGAUACAUCAAAACCCCUACCUACAGUGAGCUUUAUUACGAUUUGGACAAAAUCAAGAGGUUCGAGGAGGGAUAUGAAAUAAUAGAAUUAAAUGAUGCAUUGCAUCUAGGCAAGACUUCCUAAUUGCACACAUGUAGCCAUCACAUCUAAAUUAAGUUUAAUCUACUAAAUGGAUGGAAUACCUAUCCGAACUCGAGAUCGAGUUAAAAGCCAUUCUCUACGAUCGAGCACUCAUCGUCCCAGACCUAAACCAAUAUGUUAACAAGCGUCUCCUGCCGAUGAUAGAUAUCUUUUUCGAUAAAGUGUAUUGACCUUCUUUCUAACUAGUUUGAUUGAGAUCAGCAGACUAAAGAUCUAGUGUUACAUGAACGAGAUCCUUUUCCUCGUUCAAAGAGUGUCUCUCAAGCUCUGGAAAGAACAGCCUCAGAUUUCCUUGGCCCUCUUAAAACGCGUGCACAACCUCCCAUGCAAUUCUCUCUAUGAUAGUAGAAUUAGAGAGGUAAGUGUGUAUAUAGACGCAUUGAAUGACUUCUACGGCGAGCGAUUACAAUAUGAAGUAAGUUCCGAGGCUGAGGGCUACGACAAUAACUAUUCAACAGAGCCCUACAAUUCCAAGACCUUCUAUCCACUUAAGGGCGAGAUCUUGGAUUCAAACAAAAUGAGUCAGGAUGUGUUCGCUUUCUCUCCAUUCCAAAGAUUGCAAGUUCAUUACUUCUACAAAAAUGGGGGGUUUGCUCUCUUGGAUGAUGCCAUUAGGAAUUUCAAUUUAAAUAAUCUGGACAUCUUGACCAUCUUCCACUAUCUCAAUCCCAUACUAGAUAAGUAGAAAUAGUAGAAUUACUUCCAUCAUUUUGAGUUUCAGAAUUUGCCAUCCAAAUUGACAGAGGAGGAAAUCAAGAACACUAAUAGAGACACAAUCAAAAAGUUGACUGAUGGGAUCGAGAACAUGUUUGAUCAAUUUUGCAACUAAUCCUAGAGGAAAGAGUUCAUUGCCUUGGCUGAAAUGAGUGUGUAUUUGCAAUGUUUCCGUUGCACAGCCUUGGAGAAGAGAAUCUAUGGUAACUAAUUAUUAAACUAAUUUAAGGAUUGUAACAGUUUUGUGAUAAAAUCAACACUGCUCAGUCCAAUGAAUAUAUGGAUCAGCAAUACGGCAUUAAUGAUGAAUGGUAUAAGAAUGACAGAGUACUCAAAUAUAUGGUGGAUAAUCAAGUAUUCUAAGAGUUAUUUGGAGAGAAGGCUCACUUUGAAUUGAUUAAGAGAAGUUUUCCAAUCNUUCAUCAAGGGGAUUGGUGUAUAAAAGUGUAGUUUAAAACUUCAUAAUGUGAAUAUCUGAUAGUAUAUUAAUUUAUAUUAUGAAUCAAUUAAAUCAGACAGCUGAUGCUGAAAAAUACGGAUAUAUUUCACAACAGCCAAGGAGAUACAUCAAAACCCCUACCUACAGUGAGCUUUAUUACGAUUUGGACAAAAUCAAGAGGUUCGAGGAGGGAUAUGAAAUAAUAGAAUUAAAUGAUGCAUUGCAUCUAGGCAAGACUUCCUAAUUGCACACAUGUAGCCAUCACAUCUAAAUUAAGUUUAAUCUACUAAAUGGAUGGAAUACCUAUCCGAACUCGAGAUCGAGUUAAAAGCCAUUCUCUACGAUCGAGCACUCAUCGUCCCAGACCUAAACCAAUAUGUUAACAAGCGUCUCCUGCCGAUGAUAGAUAUCUUUUUCGAUAAAGUGUAUUGACCUUCUUUCUAACUAGUUUGAUUGAGAUCAGCAGACUAAAGAUCUAGUGUUACAUGAACGAGAUCCUUUUCCUCGUUCAAAGAGUGUCUCUCAAGCUCUGGAAAGAACAGCCUCAGAUUUCCUUGGCCCUCUUAAAACGCGUGCACAACCUCCCAUGCAAUUCUCUCUAUGAUAGUAGAAUUAGAGAGGUAAGUGUGUAUAUAGACGCAUUGAAUGACUUCUACGGCGAGCGAUUACAAUAUGAAGUAAGUUCCGAGGCUGAGGGCUACGACAAUAACUAUUCAACAGAGCCCUACAAUUCCAAGACCUUCUAUCCACUUAAGGGCGAGAUCUUGGAUUCAAACAAAAUGAGUCAGGAUGUGUUCGCUUUCUCUCCAUUCCAAAGAUUGCAAGUUCAUUACUUCUACAAAAAUGGGGGGUUUGCUCUCUUGGAUGAUGCCAUUAGGAAUUUCAAUUUAAAUAAUCUGGACAUCUUGACCAUCUUCCACUAUCUCAAUCCCAUACUAGAUAAGUAGAAAUAGUAGAAUUACUUCCAUCAUUUUGAGUUUCAGAAUUUGCCAUCCAAAUUGACAGAGGAGGAAAUCAAGAACACUAAUAGAGACACAAUCAAAAAGUUGACUGAUGGGAUCGAGAACAUGUUUGAUCAAUUUUGCAACUAAUCCUAGAGGAAAGAGUUCAUUGCCUUGGCUGAAAUGAGUGUGUAUUUGCAAUGUUUCCGUUGCACAGCCUUGGAGAAGAGAAUCUAUGGUAACUAAUUAUUAAACUAAUUUAAGGAUUGUAACAGUUUUGUGAUAAAAUCAACACUGCUCAGUCCAAUGAAUAUAUGGAUCAGCAAUACGGCAUUAAUGAUGAAUGGUAUAAGAAUGACAGAGUACUCAAAUAUAUGGUGGAUAAUCAAGUAUUCUAAGAGUUAUUUGGAGAGAAGGCUCACUUUGAAUUGAUUAAGAGAAGUUUUCCAAUCAUUCAAUUUCUGUAUUUGCAUAACAAACUAAGUAAGGAUGACAUCUUGAGCAUUCUCAGAUUAGGCAAGGGUAAACAUGAAACUUGGGACAAUAUGAUCUCCAAACUACUCACAGAUCUAGCAGAAAUCUUAUCAUUAGAAGAUGUUGAAACCAUGAUUCAAAAUAUCUAGUAGAGUCAGAUAGAUUAGAAUGGACUCAAUUUCAUUAAGAGUUUGGGGAGAAACAAAUAUCUGAGAUAGGAUCUGGAGAACUAGAAUAAAGGCAUGGGAAACAAUAAUGAUAAAUUUGGAAAACAGAAUGAGAGAGUGGGUGGAAAAAGGAAGUAUUAAUAAUAUGAAACAGACAGUAAAGAAAUAGAAUCAUUUAAAUGUUAAACACAGGGUCCAAAAAUGGGAUAAUUUUAAAAUGAAACUGAUACCAAGGAUAUAGAAUAAUUUUAAAUUGAAAAUAUAGAGUAAUUUGAUAAUGAGAAGGCGAUCACAUUGAAAUCCCAAAUUGUAGAAUUCUUAUUAAACAUCGUUCAUGAAUAACCAAAAAGUGAAAUUGGUCAGUCAGCCUUCACAAUAGCAAUCAACUUGAUUUGUCAUCAAUUCAAAGCACUCAGAUAGUAGUAUUUAUUGCAUGGAUUUUCAAAUUUGAUUGCUUAAGAGUAACCAUUGCCAGUUUGUAAUUACAUCACUGUAUUAUAAAAGAUCAUUUCAUCAUCUUAUCCUUUGGAUGAGUUUACCAAUUCUAAAGAUGUUUUGAAAUGGAUCUAAGACAAAUAUGAUAUUAAAUUGAACUUCUUGAGAGUAAUGGGAAGAGAAAAGUUAAGGAUGUUAAAAAGGGAAAUCAAGGAUUACUUAUAAAUAAUUGAGCAGUUUGUUAAAUUCUAUCAAUUUCUUCAUUAAGAUUCAAAAAUCACAAGACCUUAACUGAUGAUAUUGUGGAAAUUAUUGGUCGAAAAUGCAAGAUGCGCAGAUGAGAGAGACCUCUUUUUCAAUUGGGUUGGGGAUGUCAAUAAGAAGUUCUUAGAUUAGGAAGCCAUAGAGUUUUUGUUCAUCUCAACAAUUAAGUGUGCAUCUCUAAGUUAAUCCAUGUUGUAGUGUUUAACAAAUGUGAUUCUGUACUUCAAUGUUCAAUAUAAGGUAAUGAAGUUGCAGUAUGAUCAAUACACAAUUGUGGAUGCGGACAUUAUUGGGUUGUAAGUGUUAUGGAAGAUCUUCAAGUAACAAGAGAAUUUGGGACCUAAAUUACAGGAAUUUUUCAUAAGACUAUUGAGAUUCAAACAAUCACAGACCAUUUUAAAUCAAUUGAAAUAGCAAUACUUAGUGCAAUUGUUCAAUUAAAUUAACAAUCCCAAUUCUCUAUCAUUCAUUAUCAAAUUAUUAGAGGAGUUUGAAGGGUACUAAUUGGCUGAAUAGGGGGAGAAGGUAUUCGUGACCAUUGAUAAUAAAUACAUGAAUGCCAUGCCUCCAAAGAGAUAGGACAUUCAAUUGCUGAGUGGAUUGUCUGUAAUAUAAGCCAAGUAGAUAAUUGGAUAGAAAUUGAACCCAUCCUUGAAACCAGAUGAAUUCGACAUCUUUUGCCGAGGAAUUCUAUUUGACGACAAUAAAUCACUUAAAGAUUAUAAGGUGAAUUAGAAAUUGACUUUUGUAAUAUCAAAGAGAGAACACUUGACAGAUGAAAUUACUGCGUAUAACAGUACGACCAAUUAGAUCUCUAAUGAAUAUGUGCCAACUGAUUCAGAUGAGAAAGUGCAAGAGAUUAUAAAUAUAGUGUAAAUACAGGACAGAGAUUUCAUAGUCUCUGUGUUGAAGGAAAAGAACUGGCAAGUAGAAAAUGCUAUUUGUGAUAUUUUGGAUCGUGGAGAACAACUGCUUUAGGAAUACUAAUAAAAGAAUCCAUAGGUUAAGAAGUAAUAAAAGCCUGCGAUGAAACAGCAAAUCGAUGAGAUUUCGUUUGCUUCACUAAUUUCAAAUAAUUACGUUGAUUAACUAUUCAUACUCCUUAAUGAAGGGAAUCCUGAAUAGAACACUAAGAUUUGGUCUAUCUUGCAAAUGAUUCCCAGGAAUAAAGAAGUCUAUGAGUUGAUUGAGUAAUCAUAGAAGGAUUGGUUUAAUCUGUUGAUGGUAGACAACAAAUACAAGUUAUAAUAUCACUUGUAAAUACUAAAGGAACAAUUGUAAUGCGAUUUCAUUGAAGAUUAAGAUGAAUAUGAAAAGAGAAAGGCAUUAAGAGAGAACUUCCUCCAUUAUGGUGGUUUGAAAUUAUUGUUAUUUCAAUUAGAGAACUCAAUCGAAAUUUUGAUCAUCAUUUUAGAUAUCUUCUAAAUUUACUUCUCGGCAUACUCAAUGAGUAGAUUGAUGAAGAAUUAGAAUGAUUUCCUAUAACUCUUAAAAUUAAAGUAAGCUGUACAACAGAAGGAUGAAGAUCCUAAACUAUGCAGUUUAUUGAGUAUUUAAGUAUAGAAGUAAGAGAAACCUAACAUCUAAGGAUUUGAUGAAGCCCACCUUCUCUAGCAAGUGUUCUACAAUUGCGAAUUGGAAGUAGAGUGGAAAGUACUAUUAGAAACUCUGAUCCAAAGAAUCGGAGUUGAAUAGAUCUACACCAACAUCUUAUGCAUCCUCUAUAUGAGACCUGAACUACUGGCAGUCGAAGUGCCCAUCUAAAGGUUGGUCGAAUUGCUAACUAGUCCAAAUGAGGAACAACGAAAAAUGACUGCCUACUUCAUACUAACUCUUCAAGAUAUUGGAAAGAGAAAUGGUGUGAAUCUCAGCAAUGAUAUUUUGAAGGCCUUAAUUAAAGGAGAAACCUAACAUGAUGAGUUGUAUCUUGUGAUUGCUGGAUUGAUUGGGUAGGUGAAUGAUCUGACCUUCUUUGAUACUCAUCAAUUGGCUUAAUAGAUUAUUUUAUUGAUUUCAAAUAGGGAAAUUAUUGAGUAAAGGUUCACUGAAAAUGAGGAUAAGUUAUUGUAAGGCAAUUUGCUAUUGUUGACUUCUUUGGUGUAGGUUGACAAAAACAUCAAGGUAGACACUGAAUUUACAAAAUACUUAUACAAAUGCUUGUUUGAUAUGAACAAUGACUAUUACAAAUACCCUGUUUAUAAACGAAAACUAACAAGAAAGAGAGUAUUCUAAUUACUAUUGGAAUUGUGUAAAGAUGACAAUCACCUCCAAGUGAUAUUGCUUCAUAUUCAAAACAAUCACAAAUUGAAGUUUGAUGUCAAUGAGGUAGACAUGGACUUGGGAGUCAAAGGUUCUCAUGGUUUCGUAGGAUUACGCAAUCUGGGAGCUACUUGCUAUAUUAAUUCUCUGUUACAAUAAUUCUAUAUGAAUAUCCCCUUCCGUAAGGGAAUCCUAAAUGGGUAGAUCAUGAUCACUGAGAUGAAGGCUCCUCUCAUCUUUGACAAUAUCAGUGCUAUUGAAUCCCCUAUUCUGCAACGAAAAUUAACAGAUCAUACUUUACACCAAUUGCAACUAGUGUUCAUUCAACUAUAAGAAUCUGUGAAGCAGUAUACCAAUCCACAUCAAUUAAUCAAGACUUUGAAGGGAUACGACGGGGAAGUCAUCAAUGUCCUUAUUCAAUAGGAUUGCAAUGAAUUCUUUAAUUUAAUUACUGAUAAAUUAGAACAAGAUUAGAAAUUCACUAAUUAAUCCAAUCUGAUACCCUAAAUCUUGGGUGGUACUAUGGUAAAUGAAAUUAAAUCACUCGAGCCAGAGUAUGAUUUUAGGAGGGAAAAUGAAGAACCAUUCCUCACUGUCUCAGUUGAUAUCAAACAUAAGAAAUGUCUUGAGGAGGCAUUGGAUCUAUUUGUCAAGGGGGAUGUUCUUGAUGGCGAGAAUAAGUAUUUAUGUGAGGAGGUGUAGAGAAAGAUAGAUGUCUAAAAGAGAUAAUACUUCAAGAAACUACCCAACACUUUCAUCUUCCAUCUAAAGCGAUUUGAAUUUGAUUACAAUACUAUGUUGAGGAUUAAGAUCAAUGAUUAUUUUGAAUUCCCUCAGGAGAUCAAUAUGUUUAAGUGGACUCGCGAUCACAUUGUAGAGAACAAGGAGAUUGAAGAUUAGAGUGAUUAUAUGUACAUCCUCAAAGGAGUAUUGGUUCACGUUGGUAGUGCAGAAGGAGGACAUUAUUACUCAUUUAUUCGAGAUGUCGAUAAGUGGUAUGAGUUCAACGAUAAGGUGAUUUGUCCAUUCAAGAUUGAGAAUCUCAAAACUGAAUGCUUUGGAGGAGCCAACAACAACCUUUCAGAAUGGGGGAUGAAUAAUAGUAAGAAUGCUUACAUCUUAUUCUAUGAGAAGGUCAAGCAUAACAUUCCUGAACAAUUAUACAUGAAAGGUCCGAAUGAGGAACUCUUGACUCAACAAGUAAUUAGUGAGAAUACUGAGUAUUUGAAGAAUCAGUUAUUUUGUACUCAGGAUUAUUUGAAGUUCAUCCAAAAUUUUGUAUAGACCUUGUAGAUCAAGACUCCUUACAAAGUGACUCAAUUAUUAUCUAAAGAAAGCAAUUUAAGUGAAUUGGACAGCCUCCCUUCAUUUAGAAUAAUUAAACUAUUUACUUUCUUUACUUAUGAGAUUUUAUUAAGGAACAAAGACCAAUAGAUGUUUUAGUAUAAUAUCUAGUUGUUGAGUGACUUGUACAAAUAAGAACCAGCUGCCAAUUUCUGGUUGUUAGAUUUAUUACGAAAUCACAAAUAAUUGAUCAUCGAUCUAUUGAUUGAAUCUUCUUAUCCAGAUGUUAGGAACGCCUUUGCAUAAUUGAUUAUCCAAUCAAUCGCCAUAAUUGUUGAGCAUGAACAAUACUACUUAUUCGAAAACUCAUGCAUAGGGCGAUUCCUUCAAUUCUACAUACAAUAACUUUUAGGAAUGGUGAAGAAUACUCUCAGAAGGGGAACAGAGUACUUCUAAGUCAUCAAGUAUAUUUUGGUGCACAACCAACAUUUGGUGAAACACUUCUAUCAACAAGAAUACUUCAAAUAGAUUUAUUCAUUAUUACAGGAUUAAGUUUCAGCAGUGCAGAUGGGUACAUCAUUUAAGUUGAUGUAAUUAUAAACGAACAACACUGACUAGCCAUUGAUGGUGAUCUGCGAUAUAAUUGCUAAAGUGAUAAUGAGUUGUAGGACCUAGAAGAUGGUUGAAUUGAACGAGGAUGCACCAACCUACCUAUUCAAAGGAUAGAAGGAAAUGGAUAUUGAUCAGUACUGGUUAUAGAGAUUGUUGGAGAGUGAUGAUUUCAAGAAGUACAUCUUGGCCAUGAUUCAAUUCUAGUCCAAUUUGAUUGAUAUGAUCAAACACAUUUGUUGGAAGGAUGAAGGCACCAGUUAUCAUAUAAUGACCUUGAUAGUGUCUCACAUGUUAGACUAUUAUGCAGAUUGGCAAUAUUUGGAUCCACUUUCCUAGACUAUCGAGCAGUUGCUCAAAAUGAAUGAUGGAUAUGUGGAAAUCCGUUUGCAAGCUCUAUUGUGUGAGCCAUUCAAGAUAUCGAACUCCUUAUCCUGUUUUAAGGGUUCUUCAAUACUGAAUGCCGUUAGAUCACAAUAUGACAUGGACAAGAAUUACAGUUUUUGUAUGAUAGCAAUACUGGCGAAUUUGGCAACUUAAAUCAGCUAUGUUGGAGAAUACUUCAAGAAUAAUAGAGAUCAAUUCGAAUUCUUGCUUUGGAAAGCCAGAGACCAUAAGAACAUCAUGUAUGGAUUGUACUUCCCAACCAUGAAGAUCUAGAAGUCGAUUCAAUAGGUAAUUCGAUCAUCGUAUGUCUUAGUUAUCUGCAAUAUUUGAAGAGGCUGAAAAACCAACAAUUCAGAUCUGCAUUCCAAAGUAAAAUUAGACGGUUCAGGAGGAGCCUGAACCAGAAGACUCCGACAUUCAGGUGACUAAUCUGAUUGAGCAAAAUAAGACCAAUUAUACUUAGACUAAAGAGGACUCGAUGGACAAUAACGAUCCAUCUGAUAGAGAGAAUCCAGCUGAUGAAUUAUCAGAAUGAAUAAUAAU